CGUAGGGACUGUCUGAUUCCCUGUUGCCCUGCACCCAGCACACUGCAGGGGUUACAGAAGAUAAUAAAUAAUAAAGGGCCCAUCCUCUUAGUGGGAUCAGUUACUGACUCCAGUGAGGGGAACUUGGCCCAAAGACUCUGUUUCCAGAGACAGGAGAUAAGGGUAUUAAAGAGGAAGAUGCUGUGACUGUGUGUGUCACUUUUGCUUUUGGUCUUGUUUCUGGUUAAUAAAGAAGCUGCCAGAGUGAGAAUCCCAGAGCUUGUCUUCUGAGCAGCCAUGGGACGCCGAGGCUUCGCAUUUCCACCAACGUUUUUCUUCCUUGGACUGUUCUGGUUUCAACCACCAGCAAGCGCCCAGAGGACAAACAGAAUUGGCACAUGUCAGACUGAGACUCUGGGAAGAGAAUUCAUCACCUCCUAUAUGGAGGACUGUGGAAGCUCCAGUCAAUUUGAAGUGGAAAUUACUGGCUACUUUGCCUUCACUUCAGUGUCUGUUUCCAUCUCCAAUUACACAGGUGAUGGGGGAAGGUUUGAGGAGAAGAUCAUGGUAAAUCAGGGAGAGAUGGUGCGGGUCAGGCUACCAGAGUCAGUGGGAAUUAAGGGCUCUACCAAGUUCUCCAAGAUGGUCCUAGUCAAGGCUGACAAAGAUAUCUCAGUAGUGUCUGUCAGCAACAAGACCACUGUGCUGUAUCCUGUUUCCAGCUUGGGAAAAGAACACUACAUAGUGACUCCCUCUACAGAAUGCUUAGAUAGUUACCCAGAGUUCUCUGUUAUGACGUAUGAAGACUUCAACGCCGUGGAGGUCCAUGUGAAAGGCAAGUUACGUGACAGAACACAGAGCAACUCCACUUGCAUCGGAAUUAAGCUCCGCGCUUUCGAAGGCUACCAGUUUCAAGGCAUAGGAGAUUUGUCUGGCACCAGGAUUGUCUCAGAAAAGCCAGUAGCCAUCCUGAUUGGCCAGGUGUGUUUUUGUAAUAACACAAAAUGCAACCAUGUCUUUGAGCAGCUCCUACCAGUUUGCAGCUGGGGUACAACAUACAUCAUUCCUCCCUUACCCUGGCAGAAAAUGAAUGAAAUAGUCUACAUCACUGCCUCCCGGAACACAACUGUGUUGUAUCAACUAGGGGAACAGCAAGAGACUGUUACUCUAGCAGGAGGCAGCGUACUCCAGCGUCCUCUCAAGCCCUGGAUCCCAGUCUCUAUCUCUGCUAAUGUGGGCAUCCAGGUGGUGUUCUACAGUGUGGGCUGUAGAAUUCCUAAUUCCUCCCACACCUUCCUGAUGAAUGUUCCAGAUGUUGCCAGUUACUGCCAGAUGUAUUCUAUAAAUGCCCAGAAGGGCUUCGAGGACUUUGCUUUGAUGGUGGCCGAUACAUCAGAGACUGGUGCCAUCAUCCUAGACAAUCAGCCUCUAAGGGAUGUGGUGUGGAACCGUGUCCCUGGCACUGAGUUCGUUUGGGGCAUGCGUACACUUGGACCUGCCAUCAGGUCCCAUGCUGUGGAACAUCCCAGCUCUCCAUUUGCACUCCUGAGUGUUGGCAAUGCCGCCAUGGACAGCUAUGGGAUUCCGGGUUCCUGCAGGAAGAAUGUUACCUUUAAAUGCCAGACUGAGACUCUACAGAUAAAAGAGCAGUUGGAGAGGUGCAAAAAUGUCUUUCUGCAGGGCAACAACAGUGAAUUUUGCUCCUUCAUGAAUUCAACCUUGGUGAAUUUGGAGACCAUGUGUGCACAGGACAGAGCAGUAUCGCUGCAGGAAGUUGCUCGUCCCUUUGGUUCCUUCCUGAAUAGCUCCAUCCUCAGUUCUGGUGGGAACGAGAGCAAGAGCGAGGUGGCCUCCGCCAUGACAUUCCUCCUGCAGAGUGUGGAACUGGCUGCACUGACUGCUGCUUUGAAGUCUCCAGAGAAUAAAACCCAGACUGUGACAACAGAGUCUAUGGCUAUCGAGACGCUCCUCGUUGUCCCGACUGCAGGUCCCUGUGAUGAGGUCUUCACGCUGAGAGCUCAGAAUGAGACAAUGGACAUUCACUGCAAUACGGUCACCAAAGCAUGCACAGAAGAUUCUGUGGCUGUUGCUUUUAUUUCUUACUCCACUCUGGACUCCAUCAUUAACAAGAGAUUUCUCAACGAGGAAGAUCUAACGGCUGAUGAGAAAUUGAGGAAUUUUCACCUGAAUUCCAGGGUGGUGAGUGGGGCUGUCGGAGAUGGGAGGCUCAUGAACAUCUCCAAACCUGUGAACUUCACCCUGCGCCAUAGACAGGAAAAGAAAGAGGAGGAAGAGACUUGCUGCGUUCACUGGAAAGUCAUCACUGGGAAAGGCACCUGGGCUGAGGAUGGCUGCACCGCUCUGCACACGAACAGCACUCACACCAUCUGCAGCUGUGACCAUCUCUCCAGCUUCGCACUCCUUAUGGGUCUCACCAGAGUGGAGGAGAGUUACACACUGACCAUCGUCACCCACGUGGGACUGACCCUCUCUCUGCUGUGCCUCCUGCUCGCCAUCCUCACCUUCCUCCUGUGCCACUCCAUCCGCAAUGUCAGCACCUCCCUCCACCUGCAGCUCUGCCUCUGCCUCUUCCUGGCUGAUCUGCUCUUCCUCACCGCAGUGAAGCGCACCGGCAUUCGGGUGGUCUGUGCUGUCAUUGCUGGAUUCCUACACUACCUCUUCCUGGCCUGCUUCAGCUGGAUGUUCCUGGAGGGGCUGCACCUCUUCCUCACUGUCAGGAACCUGAAGGUCGUGAAUUACACCAGCGCCAGCCGGUUCAAGAAGAGAUUCAUGUACCCGGUCGGCUACGGAUUCCCAGCCCUGGUGGUGGCUAUUUCUGCAGGGGUGAAUCCUGAAGGCUACGGAACUUCCAAACACUGCUGGCUCAGCCUGGACAGAGGCUUUCGUUGGAACUUCCUGGGACCAGUCUGUGCCAUAAUCCUGAUAAAUUUAACAUUUUUUCUUGUAACCCUCUGGAUCCUGAGAGACAAACUCUCCUCCCUUAAUGAAGAUGUGUCCACUCUCAAAGACACCAGGCUACUGACUUUUAAAGCUAUCGCCCAGCUAUUCAUUCUGGGCUGCACAUGGAGUCUUGGUCUCUUCCAAGUUGGCUCAGCAAAAAUGGUCAUGGCGUAUUUAUUCACCAUUGUCAACAGCCUGCAGGGAGCCUUCAUAUUCCUGGUGCACUGUCUCCUCAAUCGCCAGGUGAGAGAGGAGUACAGGAGAUGGAUUAAAGGCAUAAGAAAACCCAGCCCCACAACUCAAACUUUUAGUCCAUCGGUGUCCACUGUCACUACCAGCACCAAGAUGGUUCCAGGCAUCAGUCGCUCUGGAAUGGGCUGGGAAGGUGUUGGAUUUGACACAAAUUCAGUGAAUUGCAGAGAGCCCUCCACUUCAUCUCUGUGAAACAGUCACCUCUCCAACCAACGAUGUUUAUCAUACAACCGGCUUUGCUGUGCCAGUGACGCAGGUGCUUCAGCUGCCAUUCUUCAUCAUAACUACAUACAAAACCUGGAAGGGGAAGCAAGAUUGGACCAAAUCCUCUCUCUGAUCCAAAUCCACAGCUCCUACUGAAUUCAAAGGCCAUCCUAGGGUUGUAUCUGGGUGUCUCUCCCAGAUUUAAAGAGCCAGAUCCCAGGUCAGAGAGCAGUUAUUUCUUAGGGAAAGCACACCAUGCGCUGGGGAGGGGCGGGGAUGGGUCGAUUUGCAAAGCCGUCGCGUGCUAUGUGUGUGAGCUAGCUCUGCUGUUUCACUGUAAUGUGUAAAGAAUAAAAUAACCUGCUUUUGGA